UGCUAGCGGGACACAAGAGCAGGGAUACCAGGUAUAUUUUUCAAAUGUCUUUGCAUUGCAUAAAAAUGUCUUCAUUUGUCUUCAACGGCCAGAUUAGAGGUUAUUGAUUUUGAGCUAGAAUUCUGCCAGAAAUCAGUCAGACAUCCGAACAAAUUUGUCUUUAAAAUGAAAAACACGUCUUCACAACAUUUCAAAUGUUUUCAAAAUUAAGACAAAUCUUCAAAUCUGGCAUCCCUGAACAAGAGAGGCAAGUAAACCAAAAAUUAAAAACCAGUUGUCUCGUCCUGUCUUAGCUCUAAACCAUCAAAGCGCAACUUUCCUGAAGUACCUUUUGUGAAAUCGGUAACUGCUCACUAACUUUUAAGUUAUUUUCAAGUAGCGUGCAUAUGUACACGAGGUUACAAUUUAUUUAUGAAGAAUAAUUCUUGCUAAUAGCCCCUCGGCACAACCAACAAACACAUGUUAUUCAGUAAACAGCUGUAAUCUGAUUGAUUUAGAAAAGUUUCGGUUUGCAAUCUGUAAUUUUUUAAUUACCCGUGCGAUAACCUGUUGGUUUUACCAUUACUCAGGUCAAGGAUAGUGGUUUAACUUCACACAAUGGUAAAAGUAGAAAAACUUAGCUCAAUUGAAGACUCCGGGAGUGAUUCGGAUGACGAUAUUUCCCAGCAGGAGCCUUUGGCAUUUUCAACGCAAAUGUCCCCCAACGAGAACAAACAAAUUGACAGUUCGGAAGACGAAACUGCAUCAGAGGAGUCAGAAGACAACCAACCAGUUUCUCAGUCUAGUGCUUCGUUUACACCUAAAACUGUCAAAGACACUAUGCAAAAGUACCUCACCAAGUUCCCAAAUGUUCGUGUUAGUAAACUCAAGUAUAGCGUCGAUGUUGACCUAACAGAUCCCGACGAUGAAAUUUGGCUAGUCAAAUGUCCAGUUUCUGUAGAUGCCAAGAAAUUUUUGUCAAAUGCAAAACUGAAUUCGAGCUCAUUCGAGCAUGUAAGCCAAAUUGAAUCCCCCAGCCAGGUACGACUUGAGGCAUUCGUAUCCAAAAACUCUUCGAAGAAACCAGCCACCAUUCUUUCCGGAACAGAUUUUAAAUCUUUCGUUCCAAUCGGUACGAUUCAAAUCAGGGAAACGCUCGAAACUGCUGAGGUACCACAACCGCACAAGCAGGAAUCUGAGGAUGAAGUGCCUUUUCCAGAGAUAAUUCGCGAGCGACAUCCUUUACUGGGACUGAACUAUAAGUCCGCCCUUAAGUUGCCGAAACACGUGAAGAAAUCCCUCUCAGUGGCUCAACAACGAGCGAACAAGUUCUAUUUCGAAAAGUCUAGCGGCAAUUCAGUGGAACACGUCGGUAAAAGGAAGCGAAACGACACCGGCGAACUGUCCGCAGAUUGUAGCACCGCUGACGUUGUAAAGAUGAUCUUAAAACAGGAGGCACAGUUUCCAGCUAGAAAAAAGACAAAAAAAGGGAAAGAGAAGACUGUAGCGGAAGACGAUCUUUCUUGGUUGCAAAACAUUUAAUGCAAAUAUAAAUGCUUUAGAAAAUUA